CUAGGUUUUCUCUUCAUUUUCUUUUCGUACCAUCCAACAAAUUUUGCAUAUUCACUCCGUUCCCUUCACAAAUACAUCUUUCGGUCUUCAAUUUGUUAUCUGUGUCAAAUCAAACAUCAAAUAUAUUCUUCUAUCGUUUCUACAGGGUUAUUUUUAGCGAACGAUAUGUAUAACGGAAUAGGUUUGCAGACCCCAAGAGGGUCAGGUACCAAUGGAUACAUUCAGAGCAACAAGUUCUUCGUGAAGCCGAGGACUUCGAAGGUUGCCGAGAACAUGAAGGGUUAUGAGGCCGAUCAGGGUACUGCUGGUGUUACCAGAAAGGCCAACAAAGAAAUUCUUGAGCAUGACCGUAAGCGUCAGAUUCAGCUCAAGCUUGUCAUCCUUGAAGACAAGCUGAUUGAUCAAGGUUAUACUGAGUCCGAGAUUGCUGAGAAACUCGAGGAGGCUCGAAUUAAUUUGGAGGCUGCGGCUGACGACAACGAUGGAUCCUCCAAUUUGGAGAAGGUUUCUGAUACACAGACUCACCAAAUUGCUGCUAGAAAGGAAAAGCAGAUGGAAGCAUUGAAAGCUGCUCUUGGUAUAGUUUCAUCUGAAGUUGAUGAAUUAAAUACUGAUGGGAAUGAUGAUGGGCUUGGAAAUGAAGGGAAAGAUGUUUCUAUUGCGGAUGCAAAACAUAUUUUGAAAAGUGAACACGCCUUUUUGGAUAGAGAUUUCAGUCGGAAGAAACAACUGGAGGAAGUUCAAAAAGAAGAAAAUACUAAGAAAAGAGGUGUUAAAGAGACAAAGCAUCACAAGAAGGGUGGGAGUCUCAAGAGAAAGUACAAGGAUGAUUCAUCUGAUUCAGACAGCAGUACGGAUGAUGAGAAGACAGGUAGAAGGAAGCAUGGUAGAGAUAAUACGGACAGUAGUGAUGAAUCUGAUUCUGAUAGUGAUGCUAAGAGGAAGGUCAAGGCUAAAAAGAAGCGGAAGACAUCUAAGACCCACAAGAAAGGCAAGGUGGUGGACAGUGAUGAUACUGAUUCUACUUCUGAUACUGAUGACAGCAAUGGUGCAAGAAAAAGUAAUAAAAAACCAGAAAAGGCUAGUAAGAGGCAUGUUUCAGAUGAUGAUUCUGAUCCUGAAAGCUUCCCCGGGCAUAGGACUAAAGAAGUGAAGGGACGUACAAAGACGAGCAAACGUCGUGAUUCCAAAGAGGAAUCUGAUGCUGAUAGUGAGGAAGAGAAACAUAGUAGACAUGAGAAGGAGAAGAUGAGGAGGUACGGUUCUAUUAAUGAGGACUCUGAUAAAGUUGGUGUUAGGCAUGCUUCAGGACAAGAUAAACAUGUGAAAAAGAGAUCAUACUCAUCCUCUGAUGAGAGUAGCAGUGAUAGUGAUUCAGGCAGUGAUGCUAGUGAUCACAUGUAUGAAAGAACUAGAAAAAGUGGGUUUGUAGCAAAGAGAGAUGGGCCAAAGGAGGAGGUAAAUCACAGAGGUAAUGUUGCGGAAAAAGGGAGAAAUAGUGCUAAUGUUGAUGGGUUGAAUUCUUUAAGAAAAUCAUAUGGUAGAGAUUAUAAAGUGGGUUCAAAUUCUAGAACUCAAGCAGUGUCAAAGGGUGACAAGAAGAUUGAUGACGAUAGAGAUAGGGAGACUGCCAAAUCUGCUAAGCAUGACGGAGAGGAUAGGAAGUUUGGUAAAUCGGAGUCUGAAUUGAAAUCUCAAAUUUACCAACAUGAAAAUCAAGAAAGGGAUGGUUAUCCUAAGUUAGCUAGGCUCAGAGGGAAUGAUAAUGAGGCUUCUGAGUCAAGAGGCAGAAAUUAUAACAGGGAUGUUGAAUCACAAUCUGUUGGACGUAUUGAUCGGAAUAGGGAGGAUUAUGAAACAAGAAGAAAGGGAAGAAAUGAUAAUGAUUAUAAAAGGGAUCAGGAUGACCAUGGAGAAAGAAAACAUGGAAGGAGGGAAGAUGACCGCACAGGAAGAAAAUACUUAAGGGAUGAGGAUGAUUCUAGAGAAGGAAAGCAUAAAAGGGACGGGGAAGACCAUAGAGAAAGAAAGAGCUUAAGGGAUGAGGAUGAUCGUGGAGAUAGAAAGCAUGGAAAGGAUGAAGAUUAUUCUAUAGGAAAAAAGCAGUUUAGGGAUGAGGAUGAUCUCAAAGAAAGGAAGAUCAGAAGGUUUGAAGAUGACCGUACAGGAAGAAAGACCCUGAGGGAUGAGGAUGAUUAUGGAGAAAGAAAGAACUUAAGGGAUGAGAGUCAUCUUAGAGAAGCACAAAACAAAAAGGAUGAGGAUAGAAAGAGCUCAAGGGAUGAGGAUGAUCGCAGAGAAAGAAAGGUCAGAAGGGUUGAGGAUGAUCGAACAGGGAGAAAGACCUUGAGGGAUGAAGAUGAUUAUGGAGAAAAAAAGCGCUUAAGGGAUGAGGGUCGUUACAGAGAAGCACAAAACAAAAAGGAUGAGGAUGGCAGUGGAGAAAGAAAGAACUCGAGGGAUGUGGAUAGUUGGAUAGAGAAAAAGAGGUCAAGGGAUGAGGAUGAUCACGUAGAGAGAAAAGGUUCAAGGGAUGAGGAAGAUCACAGAGAAAGAAAACACUUGAAGGAUGAGGAUGUUCAUGGGGAAAGAAAGCCCAGAAGCGAUGAUGAUGAUCGAGGAGAAAGAAAGCGCAGAAGGGACGAUGAUGGUCAUGGGCAUGGAGAAAGAAGGCACUACAGAAGGGAUGACAAUGAUCGUGGAGAAAGAAAGCACAGAAGGGAGUAGUAGGAAGAGUGGGAAAAUCAAGGUUAUAAGAUGGGGAUUAUUCCCAGAAAACCAAAUACUCUGGACGCCAGUAUUAUUUGUUGUCUUGUUUCUGCUGUUUAAAGCAUACAAUGUUUUUGUGUGUUUGAACUGUUUACUUCCAUGUUUGCUUAAAUUUAAUGUUGAGUUCCGACUGCCCAAUUUUGUUUGUGGUUUUCCUUUUAAGGAAGCCUUGAAUAAAUAUUUGUAAGAGUAUGUGGAAUUAUGAAACUAUUAUCUUCAUGAAAUAUAAUAGACCUAGACCUUCUUUCGCUGCAUGAGAGAUGAAAAGUCAAGUAAGACCACCAUAGUAAGAUGGCAGUGAAAUGUUCCAGGGAACUAUAACGUGGUUUAUGGAUGAUGCACUUUCCCUUA